GCAGAUGAUGGUAUAAAUGGAGAGAUAAGCUUCAUCUUAGCUGGUGGCAAUGAAGAUGGACACUUUGAAUUGGACACAUCCACAGGAAAAAUCAGUUUAAGAACUGUAAUCCCAUUACAAAUCAACCAGCUUAAGAAGUUUGUCUUGUGGAUAACAGCUACUGAUGGUGGGACCGUUCCAAGAAGUUCAUCAGUGCCAGUAGAAAUCUUUGCAGUUGGAGAUUCCAGGCCACAGUUUAUUCAGAAAACAUACAAUGUGUCUGUGAAAGAAGAGCUGGUUCCUCCUGUUGAAGUAGCACAAGUUGAGUAUAAGGCUUUAAAUCCCCACAUACCAGUUGAGUUUCGGGUGCUGACGGAAUCUGCUUUAUUUGCCAUCGAUGGCAACGGAGUUAUCUCAACAAAAAAAAAACUGGACUAUGAAUCCCAGAAAAAUUACACUCUCAAUAUCUCCUUGUCAGAUGGAAGCACUGCUGACUAUGCCAUGGUGUUUAUCAGAGUUACAGAUGUCAAUGAUAACAGCCCUGUGUUUGGUACAACCAGCACCACCAUUGCCAUCAUGGAGAACAUGCCAGUGGGAACCAAUGUCACUGGCGUGUCAGCCACAGACAUGGAUGAAGGAUUUAAUGGAUUAGUGGUUUACAACCUGAAGGGUGGAGAAGGAAAAAUGGAUAUUGACAGCUCAGGAUUCAUUUUCCUGCAAAAGGUGCUGGACAGAGAAGAACAAGGCUUCUAUAACUUAACUGUGAUUGCCAGUGACCAAGGUCAACCCAUGCGAUCUACAGCGCUCAACCUGACCAUCGUCAUUGAUGAUAUGAACGACAACCCCCCAGUCUUCUCAUCGAGCAGGUAUGAAGUGAAGGUCCCUGAAGACCAGGAGCUGGGAAGUGCCCUGCUGACACUGUCUGCUACAGACUUGGAUGCUGGGGCCAACUCCUUUGUGACUUACCGAAUCACUGACCAGCGACCUCAAACCCCCUCCCCAGUGUUCCUUGUCAGCUCAAGCACAGGCCAGUUCAGCCUGAGCCAGCAGCUGGAUUAUGAAACCAUAAAUGAAUUUGAAGUGAAAGUGGAGGCAUCAGAUGGAGGUCAGCCAACUCUGAGCACUGAAACACUCGUAGUUGUUCGUGUAGUAGAUGUCAAUGAUAACCCACCAGAAUUCAGUCAGGCAGCUUAUGAUGUAUUUGUGUUUGAAAACCAUCUGAUGGGGAGUCCUGUCUAUACAUUCAGUGUUGCUGACAAGGAUGAGGCUGGCUUUUCUCAGGGAUACUUUAUUCUCAGCAGCACUUCAUUUACUGUGGAUAUCCCUGGAACACUUUCAUUAAGGAAUAACACAGAACUGGACAGGGAGACUACAUCUGGAUUCACUUUACAAGUAUGGGCAGUCGAUAAUGUAAUAAAUGGGCUUAGUUCAAGUGCCUCAUUCCACAUCACUGUUCUGGAUGUCAAUGACAACAACCCUGAGUUUCAGAAUCAGCCAUACAGUUUCGAGGCUCUGGAAGGAGAGUACACGUUGAAUAAUCCCACUAGAGUUGGACAUGUGACUGCUACUGAUUUGGAUGAGGGAGAGAAUGCACGAAUUACUUAUUACUUGUCAGCUGAGGAUGGGGAUAAUCCAUACAGCAUCCAGCAGGUAAGGAUUUGGGUAUGCUGA